AUGUCAGGGACUAUCCGGACAGCAAAUGCGAUUAUUACUGAUAGUUAUGCAUUGAUAAAAUCGACUGAGAGGUUUUUUCUUCCCCAAACCAUGAUUGUGAAUGGGGGUACGUCGAAGUUUCUGAGAGCUUCAUAUAGACGAUUUAUGAGACUGGCACCGUUUGUAUCUCAAAGAGCGAUGGUACGAAGUACGUAUGUCGAUUAUAUUCGUUACAAGUAUAAAAUUGAAGACUAUGAUAUGAAGAGAAGGCUGGUACUGGGAGAUACGGCUCUUCCGAGGGCUCCACUCCGACAGCAGAUAUUGAACACUUUGAAUUUCAUUAUUACAGCUGUUUCAUACACUGAGAAACCCAAGGAUAAGGUACAAAAGACAGAUAUUAUACUUGCAAGGAAGAUAUUGAAGAAUCUGCUGACUAUGGAAUAUGAAAAGAUGAAGAAGAAUAAAGUGAGUGAUGGUAAAGACUAUAUUAAUUUCAAGCUGAAAUUUAAUCAUCUAACCCCAGGUUCUCAGAAAAUUAAGCCCAUUUCCCUCGCAAGAAAUAAAGUUAUAAAAGAUUUUGAUAGUUGUAUCGUUUAUCUGAACGAAACUGUGGGCCUUAGAUUGUGA